AUGGUUUCAGCAUUAACUGUCCCUGGUGGAUUAAUGAAUAAUACAGCACUAUCAACAGCUAUUCAUUCCACACGUCAAUCAGAAGCAUUAUUCAAUUUAUCACAAUUACUUUUCGGCUUAGCUCGAGCAGAACAAUCAAAUUAUACAUUUCGUAAUUUACAAUUAGGUCCACCUUCAAGACAAUUUCGUGAAGCAAGAUUCAAAAAGUUUCUUAGUGUUAAUCAACAAUUUGAUCGAUUAGCACUUGAUCCUUUUAAUGUUCGUGAUCUGGAUAUGACUGAUAUUAUGAUCAUUGAUUCGCUCUAUGAUAAAACUCCUUCAAUAGAUACUGAAACUCUUUCAAAAAUUUGUCCGAAACUCUUACCUCGCAUUCAUCGUCAAGUACAUAAACUGACUGUUGAACAAUGUUCAAUGAAAGAUAUUCUUCUUGCUGCCAAUUAUUCUGAACUUUAUUCUUUAUCACUAAUUAAUUUUCAAGUAAAAAUACUUUAUCAAUAUUUAAGAGGUAUACUAUUUCAUUUUAUUCGCUUUAAUUAA